UCCGUCCGCCAGAAAGAUUGCCUCCCUUGCAACCUUUUUGAUAAAGUUUGCUCAAACACGCCAAGACAAACCGGCGAUGCUGCGAGUCAUCCGUUUUGUGUUGCAGAGAAUUCGACGAAAUCACUUGGAGAGUUAAAAAGCUGAAAAAUGGCGAAGGGGAAAGGCAAGGGACACCGCCAUCAUCAAGCGAAGAAAUCGUCUGCUGUUCUGGUCGUUUUGGCGGUGCUGUUACUGCUGACGGUUAUGCUUUUGGUUCUGCUCGGAUUAGGAGUCGUUUCCAUUCCCAUUGGCCGCGACGAUGAUUUCUUCACCAUUGGAGAUGGAUUGAAAUUGAAGCGCUUGAGGUUGGAGAGCAUUAGAAUAGGCGAGGAAGGAUCGGAGGAAGGAGGAGAACGUUGGACGGAGAUCCUCUCAUGGCGGCCUAGGGCUUUUCGGUAUCAUAAUUUUCUGUCUAAGAAAGAAUGUGAGCACCUGAUAAACCUUGCCAAACCUCACAUGGAAAAGUCGAAAGUGGUCGACAGCGAGACAGGCGAAAGCGUGGAUAGCAAAGUUCGCACAAGUUCUGGAAUGUUUUUGGCAAGAGGUCAGGAUGAAAUCAUCACCAGAAUCGAAAGAAGAAUAGCAGAUUUUACUUUCUUACCUGAAGAAAAUGGAGAAGGCCUACAAGUUUUGUACUAUGAAGUGGGGCAAAAAUACGAACCACAUUUCGACUACUUUGUCGACGACUUCAACAUCAAGAAAGGGGGCCAGCGGAUCGCCACACUUCUUAUGUAUCUGUCUGAUGUCGAAGAAGGCGGCGAAACAGUGUUCCCUGCUGUCGGAGGAAACUUCAGUUUCCUAACGAGGAAUAAUCAGUUGUCCGAAUGCGCCAAGAAUGGCCUUUCUGUGAAACCCCAAAGAGGCGAUGCGCUACUUUUUUGGAGCCUAAGCCCGGAAGCCACUGUAGAUCCCUCAAGCGCACAUGGUUCUUGUCCGGUGAUCAAAGGAAACAAGUGGUCCGCGACAAAAUGGAUUCAUGUUCAUAAAUACAGCGUCGAGUCUUAGACCCAAGGUAUACAUUUUAUCCACUAAUAUGGACACUUAAGUUUUAGAGGGCUCCGAUAAAAAUAAAAAAAAGAGAUGUUUAUUUGAUUAUAUAUAUAAUAUAAAAAUAAUAGAUUUUUGGUUUGAAUUUGAA